AUGGUUGAGCCAAUUUAACAUCUACUUUUAGACGAUGACAAAACGUGCAUAAGGAUAAGUCUGAUUGAAGCUACCUCACCUGAUCUACCAACUGAGGAGAGCUAUAACAUAACUGGAGAUGAAAAUAGUUAAGCGGAUCCGAGCACAAAGUCCUCGCUAAAUAAUAAUAACAAGACAUAAAAAAAUGGGAACAGUCCUACUUCUCGGUAUCGUUCACACAUGCCAACACUAAACAUUGUAUCUCGUUUAACCGAUAACACAGGUUUGAAAUUUGAGAUGGAUCAGAUAGAACAAAAACUGACUGCCACUCCAGAAUAACGAUUCCGAUAAGCUCAUCUUGUAGUGAAUGUUAUAAAUACUUCUAACUCAAAGAGCAGUAGACACUCAUUUUCAAGUGUUUCAGUUUCCAGCAGUUAGAUGAACUCACCAUGUCUUCCCUCAUCAGUCAGAAUUAUAUCUCUAAACAAUGAUGAAGAGAAUCAUUAGGGAUGCUCAUCAGUUGUGAAAUUAUGCCAGCUCAAGACAUCAAUCUCUCCUAAAAAUAAUAUUGAGGAUUCUAUUUAAAAUUCGAGUGAUUAACUAGAGCAACCUGAAUUAGAUUAAACUCAAAGUGAGAAUGAUAUAAAUUAAAGGAGAGAUUCAUAUUAUAAAUCAUCUACACAAGUUGAUCGAGUCUCAGAAGAACUUAUAACCUCAUAAAAAAGAAAAACCUUGCUAACUAAAAACUUAACAAAUGUAUAACUCAAAGAAGUAGAUGAAUUUUCAAGUGAAGAUGAAAAUAUAUACAAAGAUUUGUCGCCAAUAUAAAUUACAUUAAAUAUUCCUAGCCACAGUCAUUUUACUUCUAAAAAAUCACAAUUUUCAAAUGGGUUUAAAGCUGCCUGUGCAGCUAGAAAAUAAGAGAGGAAAGUAGAAGAUGGAAAUGAAAAAGAAGAAGAAAAAUAGGUAUCAUCAGAAUAAAGAGAUAUACGUAAAUUUGCAGUAAAAGUUAUCAGAAAUAGGGAUGAGGAAUACUAAUAAAUUGCUAUUAAGGAAUUCCAUUUACUAUAAUAACUUAGCCAUCCUAAUAUAGUCAAAAUGAAGGAGGCUUAUUAUAAUAAAUAGAGAGAGACUUUGUAUUUUGUUAUGGAUUUUGUAGAAGGUUACACCCUGAAAAAUUAUAUAAAGCUCUAUAAAUUAAAACAUAGAGAUUAUAAAGGUGCAGGCGGAUUACCAGAGGACCUAUGUAAAAUAAUAUUAGUAAAAAUCGUUAAUGUUAUUAAAUACCUUCACUCAGAUAAAAUCUCAGUUUGCCAUAGAGAUCUCAAUCCUGGAAAUAUAAUAAUCAAUCAUGAAAACUUUGAAAACGAGCCGAGAGUUACAGUUAUAGAUUUCAACGUGGCAAGGAGGUUCAAGGAUCAAGAAACACAAUAAAAACUGUUGAUGAUGACUAACACCGGCGCAGCGGCAUUUUCAUCACCUGAAAUCUAGAAGGGCAGUUCAUAUAAUGAGGUAAUCGACAUUUGGGGCACUGGUUGCGCUUUUUAUCUGAUGUUAUUUGGAUAAAUUCCAUUCCCACAUAAAGAUUAAUAGCAAUUGUCAGAUGCAAUUAUAAAUGGAGAGUACACUAAAAAUGAUACUAGAUGGAGCUUAGUUUCUGAUUCUGCCCUAGAUCUUUUAUAGAGUAUGCUAUGUGUGAAUCCAGAGUAACGUUUGAGUAUUGACCAGGUGAUUGGACACCCUUGGUUAAAUGAAUAGUACCUAUAAUCAUUCUAAAUUUUGUGA